AUGUCGCACCCAAAUGGUCAACAGGCCUACUAUGGCCAGCCGGGCAAUCCACCGACUUCUCAACCUACCUCUCAACCCGCCGCCGGUCGCUACGAGAGCUACACCUCACAACCCAACCCCGCACAGACUCAGCAGCUGCCCAGACGAAUGCCAAGCUAUAACGCAGGAGAUGACUCGCAGCUCCUGAAUACAGCGCGACUGCAGCCGACAAGGAACGAUGGGAAUGCGCGAUACGCGGUGCAAGGUGGAUAUCCCGGUCAAGGGGGCUACAACGUCACGCCCGCGGCAUACGGCGAAGACACAGACUCAGGCUUCUCGCGCUCCUCCUCGGAUAGGUCGCGCAUGUCGCCGACUCGCACUUCAUCGCAUACGAGCAUGUCUAGCUAUGGGUACCGCUAUCCCGGAUCGUCCGGGCAAGCGGCCUAUAACCCACAACAAUAUGCCCUCCCACAGUCCCAGACACAGCCCAACCUGAGCUACAACCCAUUGUCAUAUACCAAUUCCAACAGCUCCUAUGGUUCGUCCUCCGUGUCGAGUCACCAGCCCUAUAACCCGGCAGCCUACCAGCCCGCAGCGUCCCACGGUUUCUCCCAACAGCCCCCAAUGCCUCCCCCUCGUGGUCCUGAUCACCCUUAUGGCUCACGGCCCUCGCCGUACGGAUCCUCUCCCGUUUCCACGGGCCCGCCGACUGCGCUUCCCAUCUCGACAUCCUACCAAACAAUCUCCUCGCCUGCUUCGGGUACCUAUGCCACCUCGAACUCCCCCUCAGCAGCCUAUAUGCCUCAGUCGACACCACGAACUUAUUACCCCACACCUCAAGGCUUCGGAUCUGACUCGCCCUACCCCUCCCACACAAUUCCUCCAGUGUCCAGCGUAUACGAGGACCAGCCCCCCAGAGCCUCCUGUUCACCAGCCCCAAGGAAAUGCAAGAUCUCCCUGUCCUCAGGGCCGAGACGAACUGACACCCUGACUCGACAUCCGCAAUCACGUCCCCUGCCCGGACCACCACCCGACGCAGACAAUGAUAUCGCCGAUCACGCCAAUGAUGAUUUGUUCAAGGAGAUUGAGAACACGCAGGCCAGCUUCCGUCGACACAGUUCUCGAGCAUCGCAUGCUGGUUCGGCAUCGAACUUGCGCCUGUCGCCAGAUGAGCAACAUACACACACGAAUGGGAACAUGGCAACGGGGACUGGCCAGUAUGUGAUUUACGACGCUUUUAAUGACGGGAGUGAUGCGGAAGCCGAGGCGGGAGUCGCAAUGCUGCGCAUGGCAGAAGAGGAAGAAAAGGCCCGCGAAGAACGUGGCUUUUUACAAGGACGUCCUCGCGCGGAAACCAACGCCUCGAUUCGCAGCACUCGCUCUCAAAUCUCCCCAAGAGAUCUCUCCCCGAGGGGCCCAUCACCCGCGGAACCGUCACCAAACCACCUAUCUCCGAGGGGCAACUCACCGCGUUCCGAUACCACUGAAGAUAAUGAAUUCAUGGGCCAUGAUCUGGCACUUUACGAAGGAGGCUACCAGGGCAAUUUGCACUAUGGUGAAGGUCCGACAUACACACCCGAGGAAGCCUCCGAGCCUACUUCUCUUGGUCGGUUCCCAGGGACCUCUGGCUCUUUCAGAAGCUCUCAAAUCUCGUCCGACGAACGUGGAGACUAUGCCGACAACUAUGAUCACCCGCAGAUAGCGUACGAAUAUGCGCAGCGACUUCAUCAUCUUCCGAAAGAUGCUCGAGUGGAUGCUGGAGGCACAGGCGGCCUUUCAGCUCCUGGUAAUCUUGGCAGGCGGAUGAGCUAUGAUUACGGGGAAGAAGGUGACAGUCCAUAUGAGCAACAGCCAGAGGAGGAUCACUCUGGCGAUGAAAGUCCCUACAGGGGAGCUGAAGAUCUUUUCUUCCACCCCGGUAUGCGUCCGCUACCGCCGGCUCCCGUUGAGCCAGCGAAUCAAACCGAGCUUCACUCGCAUCUGAUGCCUGCGGGCACGUAUCGACCACCGGAACAGGAUGAGAUGCAGGGCUACACACAGUAUAGACACCCCUCCUCUCCGACAUCAGCGGACUACUAUGAAGAUGCUUUACUCAGUCCAUCUCAAGUCCCGCGGUCGUCGUCCUUGUCGACUCCCACUGGACCUCGUACUGAUCCACCUAUCAGAUCGAAGACCGAUGCGGAUCGAGCCAAGUACAAGCAACAGCAGGAGCUCUUGUGGCAGCUCCAAGAGAAGGAACUUCCUAAGAUCGAUCCGGCCGAAGCCGCUGCCACCAUGGCACUGGAUCUCCCUACGAUCCCCGCCGGUCGCCGCAAGAAGUUCAUCCCGACAAAGCUGUCCUCUGAACAGUUCAAGAAGUGUGCCGAGCCGUGGGCUUUGAGUUCUAUUCUGUCUUGGAUUCGAGAUCUCAGCGAGGAUGAGACUGAUCUUCGGGAACACGCCAUCGUGGAAGCGAUUGUGGCUUUGCUUACUCACAAGGUUCCGACCAUGAAUAUCGCUGAUGCCGAGACCUUGGCUGCUCGGGUUGUUAGCAGCAUGCUCCAGGAGGAGGCCUUGGUCAAAGAGGAAGAAUGGGUCAAGUUCAGCUCUGGUACCAUCUCGGGUGUACUCUUCCAGGUCACUGGCACUGGGUGUUACUCAUCGAAGCUCCACGAACAAGAAAUCCACAUUGAGGAUACUGACUCAUAUGGCCGAUGCUAUUCUCAUCACUGCAUGAGAACAUUGAAGAAGGUCAACCUGAAGGCCCAAAUGAUGGCACCGCAGAAAAAAGCGGAGGAUUGGGUCACAUUCUACAAAAUUUCCAAGGAAGUUUUCGACUCUUACCCAAAGAAGGAGAUUGAACGUCAGAACAUCUUGCACGAGAUUGUUAUUACAGAGGAUUCAUUCAUUGCCCAGCUAGAUGUCUUGCGAGAGCUGUAUCGAGACCAGCUGGCUAACAUGAACCCUCCAAUCAUCCCGACCAAGCGGUUGAAUAAAUUCUUGAGCGAUGUUUUUGGAAAAGUCGAUGCAGUGAAGAAGGCCAACGAAGACUUCCUCCUCGCCCAGCUGAAAUACCGCCAGAAAGAACAGGGUCCUUUCAUCGGAGGUUUUAGUGACAUUUUCAGAGAGUGGAUUCGCAAAGCCAAGAAUACCUAUAUUGACUAUGCGGCGACAUUUCCAAACGCAAAUUACUAUGUUCGCAAAGAAGCCGAGCGAAAUGUUCACUUCAGACAGUUCUUGAAUCAAGUUCGCGAGCACAAGCUGUCGAAUCGACUCAGCUGGGAUACUUUCCUCAAAGCCCCGAUCACCCGUAUCCAGCGAUACACACUUUUGCUCAAUACGGUUCAUCGGAGCAUGCCCAAAGACUCGGAGGAGAAGACAAACCUGGCACAAGCAAUUGAGGAGAUCAAGGUGGUGGCGCUGGAGUGUGACAACAAGGUCGGUGAGAUGAACAAAAAGACGGACCUGAUGGAACUUGCAGCCAAGUUGCAGCUUCGUCCCGAAAUGAAGAAGGAAGUCGAACUUAACCUCGAGCACCUGGGCCGCGAAAUUAUCUUCCGAGGUGAUCUUCAGAGGCCGGGAACCCGCACAAGAUUCCUUGUUGAUACGCACGCCAUCCUGUUCGACCACUACUUUGUCCUCGCCAAGACCUUCACCACACGAGAUCAAUCGCGGUCAUCGAAGUACGAGCGUUACGAUGUGUCGAAGCUUCCUAUCCCCAUGGAUCUGCUAGCUUUGGAAAGCACCAACGAUGACCCCGUCGUCAAAUCUUCCGUGAGAGGUGUCGCAACCGUGACGCCCCAGGGUGGCGUGAGCCCAUUAGGGCCUGGUACCUCAACAAAUGGAGGCACUACAACCCUUGAGAAUAAGGAUGAUAAGAUUCUGUUUCCAUUCAAGAUUAAGCAUCUCGGCAAGACUGGCACCUACACUCUUUAUGCUUUCUCUGCCCAAGGCCGCAUGGAUUGGUGUCAGAAAAUCAUCGAGGCGAAGACGAAACAUGCCGCUGCCCUUUUCUCUCAAAAUGCGGAGCCAUUUCGACUUCGCGUGCUUGCGGACACUGCGUUCGGUUACUCGGAACACGCGUCUGGAACGAAGAGUAUUACCAUCAAGGGCACGCCAUUGCAUCGGGCGAUCAAGGAGGUCGAGAAGAAGUACGAAGGGUCUGGGACCAGACCUACAGCAGUUUGCAGGGCGAGCGUCAACUGUGCCACGGUCUUCCAGCAGCCCCCAGGGCGACAAAUGUGUGCCGUGGGAACAGAUUACGGAGUGUACAUGUCUGAUCUCAGCAACCCGCGAGGCUGGUAUCGGGCGAUUCCAAUUUUGCGGGUCACUCAGAUUGCCGUCUUUGAGGAAUUCAAUCUAUUCUUGCUCAUCGCGGAUCGGUCUCUUAUUGCAUACCAUCUUGACGUGGUCUGUCCUGCUAGUGGAGUUACUUCCCAAUCACAGGACUCGGCUCGUCGAGCCCCGCAAAAGCUGUCUGGAACUCGUGAAGUUGGUUUCUUUGCAGCAGGUCGGAUGAAGGAUAGAUACUUGGUCUUGUACAAGAAGCGGGACGGAUUAUCUUCUACUUUCAAGGUUCUCGAGCCCAUCCUCCAGAAGUCAGCUUCAAGCAAGAGCCGCUUCUUCCAAUCCCGUCGUUCACAGACCGAAUUCUUCCGCGAAUAUGACGAGUUUUACAUCCCCGCCGAAAGUUAUGGCAUCAAUAUGUUCCACUCUUCCCUCGCUAUCUCCACCCAGCGUGGUAUCGAAGUUCUCACCCUGGACAAAAAACAGUCCUGGUCCGUGCCAGACUUUAGGUCUGAGACUCCCGAUGCCUCCGACACCCUCAUGAGCAUCGCCCACCGCAUUAAAGAUCUCCGACCACUGGGCAUGUUCCGACUUAGCGACAGCGAAUUCCUUGUCGCCUACCAGGAAUGUGCCGUCUAUGUCAAUAAGCACGGUGAUGUUUCACGCAGUGUGGUGAUGGAGUUUGUGGGUAGCGCACACACGGCCUGUCUACAUGGGAAAUUCCUUAUGCUGUUCAACGACGACUUCGUCGAGGUCCGCAAUGCCAUGAAUGGUCGACUGAGACAGGUCAUUCCGGGUCACAACGUUGUUUGCCUGGACGAUGGCAGCAAAUUACCCGGAUCAUUUGGCCAAGCUAACACGAACACGAACAUGAGCGGCUUCACUGGAUCUAGCAAUGGCGUUUCGAUUGGCUCAACCCAGCAUACAGUCAAGAUUUGCAUGCAACAUCCUGAGCAUACAAGCAGUCAGAUUGUGUUGGAGCUGGUUGAGAACCAAGGUCAGAAGGACUAG